AUGGCUACUUUUGACGACGGAGAUUUCCCCGCCCAGACCCAUUCUCCGUCCGAACACGACGAUUCUUUCAUGAGCUACGAAAACUUCUCCGAAGCCCCGCCACCUCCGACUCAACCUCCAUCCGAUGGCUUCUCCUCCUUCAACGGAGAUGGUGGUUAUGGAUCUGAGAAUCCUGCCUCCCCAAACGGCUACGGCUUUGCUGCUUCCUCCCCCAACCAUGACUUCUCCUCGCCUUUCGAGUCUUCCGUGAACGAUGCCAACGGAAACGGCGGCGACGCGAUCUUCGCCUCCGACGGUCCCGUCCUUCCAGAUCCAAACGAGAUGCGGGAGGAGGGUUUCCAACGCCGUGAGUGGCGCCGUCAAAACGCCAUUCACCUUGAGGAGAAGGAAAAGAAAGAGAAGGAGAUGCGGAAUCAGAUCAUAGCUGAAGCAGAGGAAUUCAAGAAGGCCUUCUAUGAGAAAAGGGAGAAGACCAUCGAGACCAACAAGACUGAUAACCGCGAAAGGGAGAAGCUGUAUUGGGCAAACCAAGAGAAGUUCCACAAAGAAGUUGACAAGCAUUACUGGAAAGCAAUUGCAGAGCUAAUCCCGCGUGAGGUUCCAAACAUCGAGAAGAAGAGAGGGAAAAAAGAUCCAGACAAGAAACCAUCAGUGAAUGUUAUCCAGGGACCUAAACCUGGGAAGCCGACUGAUCUAGGGAGGAUGAGGCAGAUAUUCUUGAAGCUCAAGACAAACCCACCACCCCACAUGAUGCCGCCUCCACCGCCACCCAAAGAUGCAAAAGAUGCCAAAGAUGGUAAAGAUGCCAAGGAUGGCAAAGGUGCCAAAGACGCAAAAGGUGGGAAAGAUGCCAAAGAUGGGAAACCUGCGGCGGAGACAAAGGCCGCAGAGGAAAAACCUGCUUCACCUGCUAAAGCGGCAAGUUCUGAAACAGCGAAACCUGAGGAUGCUGCUGCUGCUGCUGCUGCCUCGGGAGAGGGGGAGAAACCUGUGGCUGAGGCUGAGGGAGCCAAGGCAGAGUGA